AUGGCGAGCAACGUCGAGGCUUGGACUUUGCUGUCCAUAGCGCUAUUCACCAUCAUUGUGCGUAUGGCCGUUCGAUGGAAGCUGGUAGGACCGACCAGCUUCCAGCUCGACGACUAUCUGAUGCCAUUAGCCGGAGUCUGCUUCAUUCUCGAAACGGUAGCCGCAUACCUCGUCGGGGCCAAAUAUGAUGGCUUGACCAACAGCUUCAUGACAGAUGAGCAACGAGCAGCAUUGGAUCCCGACUCCCUCGAGUGGUCGAAGCGUGAGGCCGGCUCCAAGAUCCAGAUCAUCGGAUGGUCUUUAUACGUCGCGAUUCUCUGGUUGAUCAAGUUCAGCCUGGCAAUCUUCUACUCUCGACUGACAACUGGUCUUCAACACCUCCCAACCCGCGUGCGUGUGGCAUACGUCAUCCUAGGCGUUACAUGGAUCGCAACGCAGCUGUCGCUCCUUUUGUCCUGCCAGCCUUUCCACGCCUUUUGGCAAAUUACUCCUAACCCCGGAAACUUCUGUCAACCGACAAUCUCUCGUGUAUAUGUUCUACUUACUGUGAUCCUCAACAUCACCACCGAUAUCUACCUUCUUUCGAUCCCACUUCCCCUUCUGUGGACAGUCAACAUUGGCCUGAAACGCAAGAUCCCCCUAAUGGCUCUCUUUUCCGGUGCCGCCUUCGUCAUCAUUGCCGGUAUUAUCCGUGCGGCUACUAUCAUGAGCAACAGCCCCAACGGCGCCGUGGAGGGUUCGAAAUGGGCCUGCCGUGAGACCUUCGUCUCAAUCAUUGUUUCCAACCUUCCCAUCAUUCAACCCUUGAUCCGCCGAGGAUUCAAGAAGAUCGGUCUUUCCCAACUAUUCAGCUCUUCGGGCAAGAAUUCCCAAUCAUACCCUCUCUCCAGUCAUGGUCUGCACACCUUGACCAAUCGCGGCGAUAAGAAAAGCAAGACCAAUGCUGCCGGCCCCUCUCACCUGCAGGCAUCUGCAUGGGGGAGUGAUGAGCAUAUUCUCGCGGAAUCGGAGCCAUCUUCCAAAGAUAUUACUGUGGUCUCGGAGACUGUUGUGCAAAGCGAGCCGUGGGCUGCACAGGCAGCGUCUGGUGCAGGUCACUCGACAUCUCCGAAGGAGUGGAACAGCCGGUUAUCUCACCGGUGA